AUGUCAGACACGGGCGACGUCAUCUCGAAACUGAAAGUGUCAGUCCGCCAAGUCAGCAGCGCAUCAUCCUCUCCGCCGAAGCUAGCGGUCGCUGUCACCAAUACUCACUCUAGCGCCGUGACGAUCCUGUCCUGGAACUCCCCUUUGGAUCCGUUAGCGUUGCAGUUAGGCCUCGUGUCUUUUGUACACGCCGAUAGUGACAGCCCCAUUAAGAUUCCGACAAUCCAGAUCAGGCGUAAAAUGCCGCCGGGGCCGGACGCCCUAGUCGAGAUCGGGGCGGGCCAGAUUAGAGAGCAGGUCCUGGAGCUCAAGGAUCCUAUCGUGCCACUAGAGGAGCUACGUGGCAAGGUGAGGGUCGCUUGUGCAGGAGAGUGGAUGGGUGUCUGGCUGUCAGAGGCCGACGCCGUUCCUAAGGCUUCCCUAGAGAAAGCUGGCGCCAGUGACGACACAUUUCGGGGGGCUUUCCAAAGUGAGGCAGUCGAUAUGGAGAUACAAAUGAUUCAAGGUUAG